AAAGCCUUUGUCUCCACCGUGUGGUCAGAUUCCAAACUACACCUGCAAUUCCCGGAAGUGAAGGCAGAAUUCAAAAUGGCUUCCUUCUUGCUACAUAAGUGUCCUAUAUAGUGUAUAAAAUGGCGGCGUUCUACAGCCUAAGUAGUGCACUUUAUGUUACAGUGGGAGGUGGUUUGAGAUUCACCCUGUGGUUAUACGGAAAUAAAUAUAAAUACAGACCCCACCAUGGCGCUGCUGACGGCUCGUAACUUGACGCUGUGUGUUUUAUCGUUAAUAAACUUUAUAUUUGUGUUCGUUACCGGUGCAGAUUUCGUCCGUUUCAUUUCAUUUCGCCCGGUUUAUCACAACAUCACCGGCGGCGCGCCCCUCUGCGACGAUGCGGCGUGGUGGUCCGUGGCCCUGCGGGACGCUGCAGUGUUGAAGCGUUUAGCUGUAGAUUUGUUACUGUUAGUGCUGUUCAGUGUGCAGCACAGCCUGCUGGCCUGGACGCCUGUUAAACGUGUGUGUCAGUCUGUCCUGGGAGUGUUAAACCGAGCCAUGUACUGCUUCACUACUGCACUCGCGCUGCAGCUGUUGAUGCGUUACUGGCAGCCUGUGACCAGCGCCCCCUGUCUGUGGUCAGUGCGCAAUGCACCGUGGGAUAUCUGGUUCCCACUCAUCUGUUUCACCGUACACUUCCUGUGCUGGGCUGUGAUCUGCAGCAUCCUGCUCAUAUUCGACUACGCAGAGCUGCUGGGGCUCAAACAGGUGUAUUAUGAGUGUUUAGGCCUGGGGGACCCGCUGUCCCUGAAGUCACCCCGUGCCCAGCGUCUGUAUGCCCACCUUCGCCAUCCCGUGUGUGUGGAGCUGCUGCUGGUGCUCUGGUUCUUGCCCACUCUAUCUGUGGACAGAUGUGUGUUGGCAGCGUACCUGACGCUUUACCUGGCUCUGGCCCACUCUCUGGAUGCAGAGGACUGCGUGUACCUGAGUGCUCAGCUCCACAGCAAGCUGCAGCUCUUCUCCACAUCUGCAGGGGGCGACACCCACACGCACAGCAACAACAACAAUGACGAUGAUGAUGAGUGCAAACUAGAUUAACCUCAUCCACUUGAGUCCCAGUACUGCACUUAACGCACUCUUGUUGACUUCCUCUAUAAUGACUCACGAGCCUUGUGAUUGCCAGGUGGAUUUACCCAAGAGAAAGUGGACAAGGGGAAGUCGAUAAGGGUGCGUUAAAAACAGUAUUAGAACACAGUACCUGGUCUUCUGCACACUCACGUGUUUAAUACGUUAAUAAUGGAUAGAAAGAUAAACAGAUGGAAGGACAGCUGUUUUUAUAAAUAUUUUUAUUAGACUUUUGGUAUUUUUUUUUAUAUAAAAUAGUACGCUGCGUUAUGAUGAUGUACACAAAGAUCAGUGGAUCUCCCACAAGCCCAGUGUUUCCUCAUCCUGAUCCUUUAUUCACCUGGGCCUUGUUCUUCAUACGCUUAACAAAAUCCAAGAUGGCACAACCCAGAUUUGCUAAUAAUUCCAAAUGGGCUCAUUCAGAUCUUCAAACACAUCUGAGAAAUGGAUUAGUUUAGAAGGACUGAGUUAUCUGAGAUCAUGCUCCGACACUACAUGUAUGGAAACUUAAAACUCUGAUCUGUGUAUGUACGAUUUUUUCACUGGUAGACAAAAGUGUAGUAAGAUGUGCAGUUUAGUUUAAUCUGGCUGUGGAAAUGCUAAAUGAGAGUCAGGAAAUCAUAAUCCCAUAUAUUUCAGUUUCUUAAUUUAAUAUGAUCUUGCACAUGUUUUGGUUUAUUUUGCAUGUGGUCCAAGAAGGCAUAGUUCAAUCUCUAUUUUGGAUAGACCCAUAAAAAAACAUUUAAAAUAUAUAAUCAUCCUCCCAGUGGAAAAACACUUUAACUCACAAUAUCUAUUCAGACUUAUGAACUCUACUUAAUUAGCUAACUGUUCAAAUCAUGUGCACUUUUUUCUUUAGACGAAAGCAAAUGUUAACCAAAACUUUAAAUCAUUGUUGGACUCAAUCAAAUUUAUAUGUUACAGGCUAGUGGAUAUAAAAUGCUUCUAUCUGAUUUAUAGUGAAUAUGCUGCUUCUGAGUUUUUGUUCUCUUGAUAACAAGUCUGACAUUAGCGUCAAAGAACGAAUAAAUCCAGGAUGAUGUCACCAAUCCAAUCCAGCUAACUCGGUAAUGUAGUUAAUUUGGUAAUACAGCUACAUCAGUUAUCCGGCUAACUCAGUAAUCUGGCUCUCAGUAAUCUAGCUGACUCGGCAAUCCAGGUAAUUUGGUAUUCCGAUUAACUCAGUAAUCAUGAUCAUUUAGUAAUCCGGCUAAUUUGUUAUUCUGACUAACUCAGUAAUCCAGCUAAUUUGGUGAUCAUGAUAAAUCAGUAAUCUGGCCAACUCAGAAAUCCAGCUAACCCUGUAAUUCAGCUAACGCAAUAAUCCAACUAUCCCAGUAAUCUGACUAAUUCAGUAAUUUAGCUAACUUAACUAAUCUGCAUAUGAAGAACAAGACCCUUUUCCGCCAAUGUCAGUAUAUUUGCUGUUUUAAAACUCCUCAUUCAGGUUAAUUGGCAUUAGUGUGUGUUACAGUGUGUGUUACCACAGUAUUGAUGAACGUGAAUGUGUGUUUGCUUAUUUUUCACACUUGUGACUCAGUUUUCUUACAGUUUAGUCAGGACUAUUUCCCAUGCUGUACUGGGCAAGGGCAGUCUGAGACUCUAACGACAGUUAAACAGGAAGAGAUUGAGUUUAUUCAAGGCAGGUUCUUCAACUGAGUCGAUUGAUUCAGGAGACUCACAUGCAGUCAGAAUCUGAUACAGGAAGAGAUGUGUGGCUGAAGGGGCAAAGCUAAUCUUUGAGGCUGUAAUUUUACCUGAUAACCAGCUUUUUACAUACCGAUGUUACCUACACAUAAAAAGUUAAGAUGCUACAGGUUUACGUAUGCACAAUAAAAUCUCAAGAUUUUAGAUAAACCAGAAAGUACAACAAAGUUAAUCUGGUCUUUAGUAAGUAAGUAAAAGCCUAAAGUUAAUGGAAAAGAGUAACAGGUUAAAUUGUUGAGAGUGAGUCAGAAUGAAGGUGCUAUUGGACACUCAUGGUGAUGAUGAGUUUUUAUGAAUGGUGCAGUCGAAUACAUUGAAGCAUGGUCUGAAAACUCACAAUAAGUAGAACAAUUAUAAACUCAAAAACUACUUAGCUUUCAAAACAGUGUUGAUCUCUGAAGAAUAUAAUUCCCCUGGCAGCAUCCAUUACAAUCAGAACAGAUAUGAUGCUGUUUUCUUGCCUCAUAUAAUACAUUUACGUUUGUAAUUUAAAAUAACCUUGCGAGGUUUAAUGAUCACUACACAAAGACCGAGGACCUUCACACACGUACAAAAAGAGACCACCAGUAUUUUAACGGUUAAUUUGCCAGUAUGGAAUUAGCACAACACACUUGAACACUGAUCAGUGUUAUCAUUGUCAAUGUUAUUACUUCAUGAAAAUGAUUUUCCCUGAUUAGAAAUGAUUUUCCUUUCUGUCAGUGUAGAAUACAGCAAACAUGUUGGAGCUUUUUACUGUGUGGGAAUUAAAAAGUGUUUUUUGCAUAUUUUUGAGUUAAGUAUGAAUAUGUGGUCGCCUGUUGGUUUUUACGGAUUUUGAAAUAACUACUGGUUCUGAUGCAUUUUGUGUAAAACAUCAGAACAAAGUUUUUAAUCAUGAUGUAAAGAUUUAAAUAAAUAUGGGUGCUGAAUUGGUA